AAUGAAGUGGAACAGUAACCUGUGACUCAGAAUGCAAAACGAACUAAAGCAAAUAUAUCUAUGUUGGAUUUCUAUAUGUUUUGACAGCGUAAUCUGAUUUCCUCUCCUCGCAAUAUCAUGGGGCAUCAUGAUUUAUUGCUUUAUCAUGAUAAUUCGAUCAUUACCGACCGUCCAUUGUCACAAAUGGUCACUUACGCAGAUGCUCUUUGUGCUUCCUUGGUCACAUAAAUCGCUCCUUCUCCCUCCUACGUAGAUGCUGUAUCUCGCACGUACGUAACUACAGAAGACUCCUCCCCUAGAAACCGUCAUAGGAGAGGGAAGAGCACUUUUCUUGACAAGCAUGAGAGUGCAUCUGCCUUAAAAAACACCAAGAUCACUUAGUGUGUAUUUACUUUAUAUACGAUAUAUUCUUACAGUUUCAGGCUAAAGAAGAGCCAGCUUUCCAGUGACUGAUACGCACCAGUGUCCUGAUUGUUCUGGGUUCAGGCAGGUACAAAAGUCGGACCGAAUGAACUUGGAUCGCUGAUUUGAAUAAGAAUAGCACCUAUUCAAGAAUGAGGCAUACAACAAUUGUUGUUAUUCUCAAUAAACAACAAAAGUCGGACCGGAUCAACUCGGAUCGCUGAUUUGAAUAAGAAUAACAACAAUUGCUGUAUGCCUCGUUCUUGAAUAGGCCGGCUAUUCUUAUUCAAAUCAGCGAUCCAAGUUGAUCCGGCCCGACUUUUGUACCUGCCUUUUCUUGUAUCACGUAAAUACGAGCACUUCCAGGGCAAAUUUUGAUGCUAAAAUUGCUGCAGUCGAGUCUAUCAUUAUACUGAUGGCGAUCCCUGAACAACUGCCCCGGCCUGCUCAUCGUAAGAAUUAUCUGAGACGUUGACCCAAACGGGGAAAUUUGAUCGAAAACCUGAAUAUUCAUGACUGGACACGCGUGAAACACAGUAAAGAUCGCAGUGAAGAAUGAAAUAUAAUGCGAGAACAAUUUCAGGGAUUUUUGAAAUUGAAUGACAGCUUAAUUGCGAGAAAGACAUUUAAUGUUUUUUUGUUUUUUUCGUAAAAAGUCCUGCUCUGAGGUUCUUUGAAGAUUUGUCUCUGUGGCCAAGUUUUUGUCCUCGGGUCGCACUUGGCGCAGUCAACUGAUGACAGGAAUCUGACGGUUUUUUUGAAUAUGCAAAACAAAUUAAACUUGUCUUGAUAGGGAAAAACCCCACGACUCGGCCAAUGUUUAGUUUCACUUUCGAUCGCCCUUAUGCCCGGAAUAAGGGUGAUCGAAAGUGAAAGUAAAAAUGUAUUGCAAGGCAAACAAGCUUUAAUACUUCUCCGUUCGGUCAUCCUGUCUGAAAGGUAGAAGAAACGACUAGUGUUCAAUUUAUUCAAGAAUGGCAGAAGAACAUGUAGUAGUAUAUAGAUAUAGAUCUGCCGCUAAAGGAAAACCAAAAGCCAAGCGACCCAAGCAACUCGAGGUUGGAGACAGAUUAGAGUGUUUGAGAUCGGAAUUAGACAUUCUCACUCCUGUCCUUCCUCUCGAGGAGUCUGAAGAACUUGAAGAGAAUUUGAAAACUGAGUUAGACUGCCUUCCUUCUCUCCUUACUCUCGAAGAGUCAGAAGUACCGAUAGCAGAGUUAGAACGCGCUUCUCUCCUUCCCCGCCAGCGGCCUCAAGAGCCUAAAGAGCUUGAAGAACCCCAAGAAGCUGAAGACCUUGAAGAGGCUGCAGAGCACGAACAGCCAAAAGAGCUCGAAGAGGCUGAAGAACUCGAACAACCAAAAGAACACGAAGAGGCUGAAGAACACGAACAGCCAAAAGAGCACGAAGAGGCUGAAGAACACGAACAGCGAAAAGAGCACGAAGAAACAAAAGAGCACGAAGAGGCUGAAGAGCACGAAGAGUCAAAAGCGGCUGCCGACCUCAUAAACGGCGAAGUAUCGAAAUCGAAGACGGUGCAAGUUUGGCAUCGAGGUCUUCUUCGCAAUUUCAGAAUCCUCACACCGCCGCCGACAGUGACCAACUCCAUGUUUUACGAUGCUAGAAAGCUUUUUGGCGUCAACUUUGACAACCAAGUGACUUUACGAAAUCCUGGUUACGUAGGGGGGUACGAAGAUAUCGUGCUUCAUCAGUUUGAUCCCAACUUCAUGUCGACCGAAGUUGUCUGUUGUCACCCUUCCUGCGACAACAUAAAUCCCGCAGCAGCGAAAAGUGGCAAACGAGAUCUGUACCUCUGCCUGCAUCAUCAGCAAGAGUUAAGAAAUAGCAUUUCGGAUGUCUUGGCGAAGUAUAGCGUUCAAAUUUCCACGAUUGCAGAGAAGCCAGAACCAGGCCACUUUGCUGGAUACACGUCACUGAUCAGCCUGCUAGAGGGUGCCUUUCACGACGGGAAGAAAUUCCAGACUCCUCAGGGAAAAUCCCCGAUGGUCCAAGAAGCUAUCUUGAAUGUCAGGAACUUCUUGAUCAUAACCAGCACCGUGCUGAACCCUGACCAGGACAACUUGGGUAUAGCACUGCCUCCUGUUGUUGAAAUAUUGAAACUUAUUUUGGAGAAUCCUGACGCUAUUGAGCGUCUGGUAGCUAGCCUUCAAGAAGUUAUAAAGAGCAUACUUUUUGCCUUUGGAGUCAUUUACAAAUGGGUCUCGCUCAUCCUUAGAAGCCCAGGUCAGCCCAGGUCAGCCCAGGUCAGCCCAGCCCAGAUAGGAGCUAGGGUGGGUGCAUGCAUUGGUGCCUCCGCUUUUGUCUUGGGUCUCUGGAGUGGGGCUGCUGGUGUUACUUUCGGAUGGACCUUGGGACGUCACAUUAGAAAUAGCUUUCACAACCUGAGCAGGGAACAAAGAUGGCAAGAAAAAGAUGGAUUGGGGCCAAACAGGCAACCACACAAUCAAUAUCCUGCAUAUUAUUUCUGUGGAGAUGCCAAGGGAGGGUUUACAGUGCAUCUGGAUUUCAAUUUCCAGCCAUAUGAAGAACAAAAAAUGUUACUAUAAUUUCUAGCAAAACUUGCACCGUACCAUUACUCAAGGAUCUUCACUGGCUGCCAGUUGAACAACAUAUUACUUUUAACAUUUUUCUUCUUUAAUACUUUCAUGUGCACUAUAAUUAAAUUCAUUAUUAAAUUAAGGAUGUAAUUAAGCAUUAAAGUAAAUUUAGCACCUGCCUGCACAUUUUUGAUCUACUACACAGAUACACAUCUGCAAGGCCAUUGGUCUACAUUCCGCAUGUCUCAUUUAUGUAUCCCCAGGACUAACCAAUAGUGAUAUGAAGAUUUGCC